UUUAGGCUUUUCGACAAAAAAGCUGGUGUUGUUCCCUUCGCCAACAAAAGCCUGUGACCUAGAUCAAAUCGUCCAACGUGGAAGUCGCCGGCGUCACAAAGCCUCGAUGAGAAAUGGCCAACCAUGAUCCACAUCAGUCGUUUGGGUCAAUCGAAGCCACCAACGCAAUUGCCGGCAACCGGUUUUCAGGAACCACUCAUUUCGUCUUCAAUCAAACAUCUGCAGGCCAUGUGCAAGAACGCUUGGCGGAAAAAGAUGCCUGUUUCCAUUCCCUUGCCUUCGGCGACAUCCAUGCUCGCCAAAACGAUAUCAACCCUCCGCAGUCUGGAACAUGCAACUGGCUGUUCGGAACUCGCGAGUUCCAACAGUGGCAGAACAACGACGACCGUGGCGUUCACUAUGGCGUGCUCUGGAUCAAAGGCAAGCCCGGCGCAGGCAAAUCGACGUUGAUGAAGCAUGCCCUUGGCCGCUACCAAAAUGAUCUUUUCCGCAAUCACCUCAUCGUGGCUCAUUUCUUCAACGCUCGUGGCGGGACGCUCGAAAGGACAACUCUGGGCCUGCUGCGAUCGAUAGUAUACCAGCUCCUGCGGAACGACAGCGCGCUCUACGACCGAUUCAUCCCCAUUUUUCGCGAAAGGCAGAGACUUUGCCAUACUACAGAAUGGCAAUGGCGACUAUCGGAACUCCAAGACUUUGUGCGCUCUAUUGUGCAGCAGCCACAAUCGCGUCCCAUUCUCCUUCUUGUUGACGCUCUAGACGAAUGUGACGAUGUCGAAGUUCGCAACAUGGUCCACUUUCUCGAAACACUCAGCCGUGAGGCGUUUCGAGCAGACAUUCAGCUGCAAAUGUGCUUGUCGAGCCGCCAUUACCCAAACAUCCGAAUGGAUAAGUUUGUUGAGUUGCCAGUAGAGGACAACGCAGAUCAUGGAAAGGAUAUUGCCAGAUACACCAGGGAAUGGUUGCGGGUUCACAAUGAAGAGAUGGAGUUCCGAAUCGUGGAAAAAGCAAACCACGUUUUUCUUUGGGUCAUCAUAGUGGUGUCCCUGCUGAACAAAGCUUAUGACGAGGGCCGCAUUGAAUCCAUGAAAAGGAUUUUAGAGGAAAUCCCGGAUGAUUUGGAGAAGCUGUUCUCCAACAUUUUGGGUGACGAUACCGAUGAGAGGGCCGAGACGGUUCUAAUGCUCCAAUGGGUGCUUCUCAGCCGGGAAGAACUUACGGCUAGACAGCUUUUCGCAGCGGCAGUUAAAAUCUCCCUCCCUAGCGAGCCUACCCUGGAACUGAUAAAGCGACGAAUUACCACUUCGUCCAAGGGCUUGAUCGAGGUUAGGAAAAAUGAACAAGGAACUGUUCAAUUUAUCCAUUUAUCCGUCAGGGAUUUUCUCUUUCGAAAGAAAAUUUUGCAAAAGCUUGAUCCGACUUUGGGGGAAGAGCCGAUUAUGGCCAGCCAUGGCCGACUCUGGGAUUACUGUUGGCAGUGCCUCGAGCAGGAAGUCACUGCACCAGCAAAGACGCAAGGCGUAGUCCAGCCAUUGCGCAAGAUUCCGCUCCUUGGAUACGCGACGCGCCAUAUCUUAUUUCAUGCCGAGAUGGCUAUGCCUGGUGACAUGAAGAAUCGCGAUGGGGACGACGAGCGAGGACGCAAGGAAGGGUGUGUCAGAUCCUGCGACAUUCCCGCGAAAGCAUCCAUCCAACGAUGGGUACAAAGGCCGAAUGGUUGGUUUCAGCGGUGGAAGCUGUUAUGGAACGAACAAAAUUCCGGCAUAAGCUAUCGGGUUGGCGAAGACGCAGGACUAGUUUACAUGUUGGCGUUUUUGGGGCUGCGGAACCUAUUGGCGAUAGUCGUGAAUGGCGCCAACGUUAACGAGCCAGGCGGUUAUCACGGAUCCGCGUUAAACGCUGCUUGUGGUGGUAGACAUCAACAAAUCGUGGAGCUGCUUUUAAAACAGGGCGCCGACGUUAACGCGCAAGGCGGCCAAUACGGUAAUACAUUACAAACUGCUUGUAUUCGUGGAUAUCAACAAAUCGUGGAGCUGCUUUUAAAACAGGGCGCCGACGUUAACGCGCAAGGCGGCGAUUACGCUAAUGCAUUACAAGCUGCUUGUUUUCGUGGACAUCCACAAAUCGUGGGCUUGCUUUUAGAACAGGGCGCCAACGUUAACGAGCCAGGCGGUUAUCACGGAUCCGCGUUAAACGCUGCUUGUUUUUGUGGAUAUCCACAAAUCGUGGGCUUGCUUUUAAAACAGGGCGCCGACGUUAACGCGCAAGGCGGCCAUUACGGUAAUGCAUUGCAAACUGCUUGUUUUUGUGGACAUCCACAAAUCGUAGGCUUGCUUUUAAAACAGGGCGCCGACGUUAACGCGCAAAGCGGCGAUUACGGUAAUGCAUUACAAACUGCUUGUAUUCGUGGACAUUCACAAAUCGUGGGUUUGCUUUUAAAACAGGGCGCCGACGUUAACGCGCAAGGCGGCGAUUACGGUAAUGCAUUACAAGCUGCUUGUAUUCGUGGACAUCAACAAAUCGUGGAAUUGCUCUUAAAAAAGGGCGCCGAUGUUGACGCGCAAGGCGGUUAUUACGGUACUCCGUUAAAGGCUGCUUCUAUUUUCAAACAUGGCCAUAUUGUUAAUCUCCUUAUCGCAAAGGGCGCUUAG